GCGAGCGCGCUGGUACCAAAGAGGAGAGAAAUCUGAGCGGCGGCACCGGCUGAUGUGAAAAGUCACCGUAUCUGAUCCGAACCCGGCUUCCCGUCGCCUGCACGGACCCGUCGGGGGGAAAUGAGAAUCGCCAUUUGCCAGACGGUGAUGGGCACGUCUGAUCAGUGAGUGAGAUUUGGACCAAUACUCGUGGAGCCUUGACCCGACGGUUGAUCGACAGCAGCAUUUCCAGUUUAACUCCCCCCUCGGUGGCCCUUUUUCACCACUGCUGAGUCUCUGAAGGAAGAAAAUUGCAGAGGGACCAGAAACCUCAUCGCCACACACUUCCUAGCCAGACUCCCCCAGUACCUCACCUCACCCUCACCUCCCCAAGAGGGAGAGAACAGCAGCCACCAUGGUGCUGUCACAGAGACAAAGAGAUGAACUAAACCGAGCUAUAGCCGACUAUCUCCGCUCCAAUGGAUACGAGGAGGCCUAUUCCACCUUCAAGAAAGAGGCAGAGAUAGAUAUGAAUGAAGAGGUAGAUAAAAAGUAUGCAGGGCUUUUGGAAAAGAAAUGGACCUCAGUCAUCAGAUUACAGAAAAAGGUGAUGGAGUUGGAGUCAAAGUUAAACGAGGCGAAGGAGGAGAUGACACAUGGAGGAACUGUGGGUCAGAAGAGAGAUCCCAAGGAGUGGAUCCCCCGUCCCCCAGAGAGAUACGCCCUGAGCGGGCACCGCGCCCCAGUCACGCGCGUUAUAUUCCACCCUGUCUUCUCUGUCAUGGUCACAGCCUCUGAGGAUGCCACCAUCAAGGUGUGGGACUACGAGGCCGGGGACUUUGAGCGAACCCUGAAGGGCCACACAGACUCUGUGCAGGACAUCUCCUUUGACCAGACAGGGAAGCUGUUGGCUUCAUGUUCAGCUGACAUGAGCAUCAAACUCUGGGACUUCCAGGGUUUCGAGUGUAUCCGAACAAUGCAUGGCCACGAUCACAAUGUGUCGUCUGUAGCCAUAAUGCCAAAUGGUGACCACAUAGUGUCGGCUUCCAGAGACAAGUCCAUCAAGAUGUGGGAGGUGUCCACUGGGUACUGUGUGAAGACCUUCACAGGCCACAGAGAGUGGGUGAGGAUGGUGCGUCCCAACCAGGACGGCUCAUUGCUCGCCAGCUGCUCCAACGACCAGACGGUGCGUGUGUGGGUGGUCACCUCGAAGGAGUGCAAAGCUGAGUUGCGGGAGCAUGAACAUGUGGUAGAGUGUAUCGCCUGGGCCCCUGACACUGCUCACCCCACCAUCCUGGAGGCCACAGGCUCCGAGAGCAAGAAAAGUGGAAAGCCUGGCCCCUUCCUUCUUUCUGGAUCCAGAGAUAAAACCAUUAAGAUGUGGGACGUCAGCACUGGGCUCUGCCUUAUGACUCUGGUGGGACAUGACAACUGGGUCCGUGGAAUCUUGUUUCAUCCUGGAGGAAGAUUCAUAGUGAGCUGUGCUGACGACAAAACCCUUAGGAUCUGGGACUACAAGAACAAACGCUGCAUGAAGACCCUGUGUGCCCAUGAACACUUUGUUACCUCUCUGGAUUUCCACAAGACUGCUCCAUACGUGGUGACGGGAAGUGUCGAUCAGACAGUCAAAGUGUGGGAGUGCCGCUGAGAACACGUCCGUCUCGUGCCCUGUCCUGCCUCUGACCCCCCCCCCCCCCCCCCCCCCCCCCCCCCAAGCUCCAGAAGCAGUCCUAACACCCCACCCGACCCUCUCCCUUCUGUCCUGACACCCAGCCCAGCCCCUCACCUCUCGCACUACAAACCAUAGUUGACCAUGGCGCUUUCCCUUCUCCCCGUCCCCUCCCCUCGCUCCCCUCUCCUUCCCCACUCCCCUACAUCAGUCCAGCCCUAUUAAGAAGACUAUUGUCCUUUUAUGUAAAUUAUUCUGGAUGUAGGGUACGCUUAAUAAAUGUCACGCAAUCUCUGACACAUAAACACACUCAAAAGAAUAAGAAGUAUUCCUUGCAUGGUGAAACAACAAAAAAAAAUUGUAUACUGUUAAAUUUGCCGAAUUAGCAUUCUGUUGUCAUCACUUUCUGUCGGGUAAAAGGGUAAAUAUCCUUGUGUGCUGGCACAGGUGGAUUUCAGGUAACUGACAGUGCACGGAAACCAAUGGUGCCCCACGUUGAAGGGGUUUAGGUUUAUUUUGAGUUUUGUUUUACUCCAUGCCUCCAUUGUUGUGGUCUGCCACUGCAGAGAUGGUGAUAGAGAAGAUGUGUGGAAAGUCAGCGUAACAGAAAGAACGAGUGGAAGCUGUCCAGGAGGAGAUGAGAAUAAGUUGGAAGGAAAAAAAGCGUUCAGCUUCCUAGUUGAAUCACAUGAGGUUCUGUGGGUGAGUGUGUGUGUAUGUGUGUGUGUGUGUGUAUGUGUAUACAUGAUGUGUGCGUGUAUGUAUGUGUGUGUGUGUUUGUAUAUUAUGACAGGAGAAUCUCUCCACCAUCUCUGCUCUGAUGAUCAGAGGAGAGAGAGAGAGAGAGGAGGCAAAGCUUCUCACCCACUUGUGUUCAUUCAUACGACUUCAUCUCUUUUAACAAACUUGCUUUCUAGACACUCACAGGACCUUAAUGAUCCCUAAGCUGCUGAGAGCACAGGCACACACCCCAUAGCAAAAGUGUGUUUUACAGAGGAAAAAGUCUGCUCACCUUUUAUGAGAUUUGUGUGUGUGUAUGUUGCCCCGGAGAAUCGCCCGGUGCCCUCUUGCUCGCUAUCUCUGCCUUGUUAACCCAUUGAGGGCUCCCUCACGGGAUUUUCAUUCUGCUUUCUGUGGUGUCACUGCUCUUCUACACACACACACACACACACACUUACACAUACACUCACAAAAUGCACAUACACCCACAGUAAAAGUUGUGUAUCAAUAUAUCUGGAUGUCAUUGUUUGCAACAUAAAGAAAUAAAAUUCUGUAAAUAUAA